UGGGCGGGGUUAUUAUUUGGGCGUGACUGUAAUCCAGCCACGCCUUUUUGCAAGUUGCAGGCAGAAUGCCUCCAAAAUAUAAAGGCCCUGCAGUGAAAAAAACUCCAGUCCGAGGUAAAGUUGCAGUGCCUGAAAAGCGGCCAGGAGUUGCUGCUAAACCAAGUGGAGGAGGGCGUGGAGCUGCAGUAGCUUCUAUAAAAACUAAAUCAGGUCCAGUAGCAGCACAACCAAAGCCAAAGAAACCAGUUUGGAGCAAAGAAGAUGACAUGGCAAGAAAAAUACAGACAAUAUACAGAGGCUAUAGGAGUCGCAAACUUUUAUUGGAACUGAAAAAGAAGAAAGCUGAAUUUGAUGAUGCAAUAGAACGACUUCAAAAAGAAGCGUACUUGCAAGUUGUUAAAAUUGAGCGAGAAAAAGCGGAAAAGGAGAGACAAAGGGAAGAGGAAGAGAGAAGAAGGAAGCGUGCAGCAGCUCAGCGUAUAAAGCGAUUUCUGGAAGCAGCUUUUGAUGGAGACCUUGAUGAAAUUAAAGGCAUUUUGGAAGAAGUUGCAAAGAAUUGCUCAGAAGCUGGAGAGUCUAUCGUGAAACGUUUUCAAUACAAAAUGAUUGAAUGCUCUGAUCCUAAUGACAACACAGCACUAUCUGAAGCAGCUGCUGGAGGUGACCCUCUUACAAUUAACUUCUUAAUAAACAAUGGGGCCAAUCCCAAUGUUAAAGGACAAUAUGGACGGACACCUUUGUACAGAGCAGCAUUCUCGGGUCGUACAGAAGCUGUUAAGGUUUUAUUAGAGUCUGGAGCCGACCCAAGAGUCUAUGCUGAUGAUGGAGCUACCCCAGAGCAAGUUGCAUCCAGUCAAGAAAUACAAUACUUGUUACAGAAUUGGGACAUUUCAGAAACUGAGAAGCUUUUAGUAAUUUGUGAAGAGAGACAGAAACAAAGGCUGGAAAUGGAUGAGAAAAUAUGGCAAUCUCAGAAGGACAAGCUACAAAGUGAAAUAGAAGAAGCAGAAAAAGAAUACAAUGCCAAACAAAAGGAGCUCAUAAAAGCAAACGAGGAACUGAACAAACGAAUCAAUGAACACGACAAGAACAAAACAACCAAGCAGGACCUUACGCUAACGGCUGUUCAUGAUGCUGAAGAUCUUUUAGAGAAAUGCAAAAUUAAUGCACAAUCUGCAAAAGAGAAACUUCAAGAGGCAAAGCUAAAAAUGAGAAUGAAACGAAAGGAAUUCAAAUCAGAUAUCGAUGAUGAAGAGGAUGAUGAGAAUACUCCUGUUGACGUAACUGUGAACAUCAGAGAAAUGGAUGACGUCCUUAUGAAAGACGUUGGCAAUAAAAUAGCCGAAAGCAACAAGUGGCCUCUUAUAUUGGAUCAUGGCCGACAAUGUGCUACGUUCCUCGUCUAUAGAGACACCAAUUAUAUGAACGCAAUGAAUCCCAAACACAUGGAGCCAGAAACAAUUCGACUGAAUCUACUAGGAGCACUUCGCUAUGGAAAGUUUGCUGUACUUGAUUUGUGUGACAUUGAUGAUUUGUGGCCAGCAGUCGUUAAGAAAUUCGACUGUGUCCAGCCUGACCUUUUGCCUUCGCUUAUUUCAAAGAACUUUUUAAAAGAGAAAAGGUAUUUGAAGCUAAUCAAGGCAGCAGAUGGUGAGGCAUAUUCUGCCAAUAGCUUUUUGUCUGCAAGAAUACACAAUUUCAAACUAGUCAUCAUAACACAGCUUCCAACACCACCAACCGAAUUGAUGGGUCUCACUUACGUCAUUAAAAUACACACACCAGAACCUUCCCUUUUCUGAAUUAAAAAAAUAGUGGUAGUACCAUAUAUAUAUACAAUGUAGAAUAAAUGAUUGUUAUACAAGUGGUAUUUAUACAUAAA